AUCAGGCUCCUCAAAAAGAUGGAAUCAGAAAACCAAACAAGUGUCCUAGGAUUUCUCCUCCUGGGUCUCUCCGAAGAUCCAGCCCUGCAACCUGUCCUCUUUGGACUGUUCCUGGUUAUAUACGUGAUCACUGUGUUUGGGAAUUUGCUCAUCAUCCUGGCCAUCAUCUCUGACUCCCACCUGCACACCCCCAUGUACUUCUUCCUCUCCAACCUGUCCUUCAUUGACCUCUGUUUCAGCACCACCACAGUCCCCAAGAUGCUUCUGAACCUCCAGACACAGAGCAAAUCCAUUAGUUAUGCAGGCUGCCUCACACAGGCCUGCUUUGUCCUGCUUUUUGCUGGUUUGGAAAACUUUCUCCUUGCCGCCAUGGCCUAUGACCGCUACGUAGCCAUCUGCCAUCCGCUUAGGUAUACCAUCAUCAUGAACCCAUGCCUCUGUGGUCUGCUGGUCCUAGUCUCUCUGCUCAUUAGCAUCGCAGACGCCCUGCUCCACACUCUGAUGCUGCUGCGGCUGUCCUUCUGCACAGACCUGGAGAUCCCCCACUUCUUCUGUGAACUUGCCCAGGUCAUCAAGCUCGCCUGCUCGGAUACCCUCAUCAAUAACAUCCUGGUAUAUUUAGUGACUAGCAUACUGGGUGGUGUUCCUCUCCUAGGGAUUAUUUUCUCUUACAUUCAAAUUGUUUCCUCUAUUCUGAGAAUGCCGUCAGCUGGGGGGAAGUAUAAAGCUUUUUCCACCUGUGGGUCUCAUCUCUCGGUUGUUUCCUUGUUUUAUGGGACGGCUUUUGGGGUGUACAUUAGUUCUGUAGUGACUGACUCUUCCAGGAAGAUUGCAGUGGCCUCGGUGAUGUACACGGUGGUCCCUCCAAUGAUGAACCCCUUCAUCUACAGCCUGAGGAACAGAGACAUGAUGGGAGCCUUGAAGAAGCUCAUUGGAAGAACAUCUUUUCUGUGA